AUCCCACCCCUAUCAUGUUUUACUCAACUUCGUUUUUUUUUAUAUAGUUGCCAUGAUUGGCUUCCUAUAUCUAUUUAAAGCUAUUAUUACUUUUUCAGUCCUAGUACCAAUUAUGUCUCAGUAACAGUAAUUCAUUGUUGAUUAUUGGUUUUGUUGUUUUUCUGCUUCGACCUUCAGUUAGUAACCACGUCGUGUGUUUUCAGGCCGUUCACCUUUUGUCCUUCUCUUUUGUGUUUUCCUCGCCAGACCGACCAUCUGUGGAGCAGCACACCACCUUCCAUUCGACACCUGUUAAAAUGCUCCAUGUUUCACUUUCCAAAGAUGACACCUGAUAGGUCGUCCCUGCUCCUCUGUCCCAGGUGACAACCAAUGAAACUUAGUUUACUGAUGAAAACACCUCUGGCUUCUAAGUCGUCCACGGUAAACAGGGACAGGCCUUUCUUUUUCUGUCCUUGUGCUGUGGACUGCUGAUCAAGGAUCUCUUGGAUUUUCUGAAGAUGUGGAACUGGACCAUUUUACUGAGGAUGAUUCAGCACCAGCCAGCCGUUCGGUUCGGAUGACAGUUCAGCAUGGCGCCUCCAGUCGAGGACUUUUAUUGCUGCCGGUUUGAGGCCAACACCUUUGACCCCUCCCGCUGCCGCUCCUGCCUGCGGCCGAGUCACAUGCACCUCAGCAGCAUCAGUGCAGCGCAUGUUAACCCUGCAGAAGCGGAUGAGCUCAAUGACGCGGAAGCAGACGAUGACGACUACGCCUUGUCUGAGGACGCCACAAGCGCCAGCAGUGAUGAUGUCAGCGGUGGCUGGACCUAUGAAUGGAGUCUGGUGCACAGCCUGAGUGCUGAGUGGGAACUUGAGAACUGUGACACUGACAUACAAUCCAGCUCUCCAAAGCAGGGGGAUUGCUCUGACCGGAGCAGAUCUCUCAGCUCAGAGAGGUGCGGCGCAGCCCAAAAAGAAAUGACCAGACUGGACCCCUCCCCUCCUCGAGUCGCUGAAAGUUACUGGAUGGAUGAAAGGAGGGGUAGAGACAGGUCCCGCCGCGCCUCAGAUACCAGAGGAGAGAAGGAAAAGGAGAGCGGCUAUUUCUCUCCAAACAGAAGGGGUGACGAUUUGCAGCAGACGGAUGAGACCAAUAAACGGUCCUAUCGCUACUUUGAAAGAGGACGUCCUCUCCCGAGCAACUAUGUCCCUGAGCCCAAAGCCUGCGUCCCUUACAGGAGUGUCAGCUUGGGUCUGCCGUCCCAAAGAAGAACCCCAGAGACGUAUGUCCAGGAAACUUGGCGGAGCGAGUCUCCUCAGAGGUACACGUAUCAUUCCAACUUCAGACGAGGUGCUGACUCGCAGAACAAUUCUCCAACACGUCACAGCUCUGUGAGUCCGGACCGAUACAAGGUCAUGGACUAUCCGGCGGAGCCUACAAGGAGUAGCCCCCUCUACAGCAGCCAGGCUCGAUCUCAUGUCUCAUCUCAGCUUCCAUCCCACGGUGCCUCAGGGCACACGUCUGGCAGGUCCAGUCCAUCCCGUAGGAGGGGGUCCAGAGCGUCUCGUACAGCGUCACCUUCCAGAUCCAUCCAUUCACACAAGCACACAGACUUUAUCCACUCACAAAACGGGGAAUAUCCUCUGCAAAAGAGUUGCAGCAGAGACUCAAGAACCCCCUCACAGGCUUCAAUUAGACACAGUUUGGACUCAGAGAAGCUGUACAGAAACCUUGAGUCGCUCUCCCGCCGCAGUUCCACGGCCGUUCAACAAAACCAAUACGAAGGGUCGCAAAUAAGGCCGUGUGAGGCGUCGCCUCGGACAAGAACAACCGUCAGCAGUGUGGCUAACACUCACACUCAUAGUAGUCGUGAUGUGUCACCAAGCAGGACAGUCCGUAGUCCUCAGAGCAACACUUCACCCAGAGACCUUGACUUCCCAGACAGCAGAAAAAGCCAUUCUCAAGGCUCCUGGCAGGGCUCCUCACACUCUCUACUCAGCCUCCCACGGUCUCAUGCUUCCUUGUCUUCAAGGCAUGGUGCAGAAUCUCAAGGUCCUAGUGGAUCACUAUCACAAAUUAUAGACAAUAACAAAACCAAUGAGGAGAGUCCAACAAUCAUUUCUGACAGAAGCAGGAGCAGCUUGAGGAGGGGCAUGGAGAUCUUGCUGACCUCUGAACCUCAGAGGACUCCAGCAGAACUUGAAGAGGCAGGAAUGACCAUCGAUGACUACAUAGUACUAGCUGACAUACCGAGGAUACAAGUGGAGUUGGAAGAGGAGUUCCCAACGCUGCGAUGUAGAAAUCAGAGUCCCAGUCCUUGCAGGGACCAGAGACUGCGUACACACAGGAGUCAAGAUGAAACAGACAUGUACCGCUCAAGGCUUGAAUCAGAGGAGAGGGGAAGGGUCAGAGAGAGGGGAAGAGACAGGCGAGAAAAAUGCAGGGACCCUGAGAUUGGACGAUCCAACCUGAGACACUCUGCAGCAUCUCUUCACACUCAGUCAUCAGACGGCCGAAACAAAAAGCACAGACCUGUGAGGGAGAAAGAACGAGCUCCUGCAGAGCAACUUCUAACACAGGGCUGGAUGUCCAUUCUGGAUGAAAAGGGAAAGUGGAGAAAGCACUGGUUUGUACUUGCUGAUACUUCACUCAAGUACUACAGAGACUCAGAGGCUGAGGAGUCCGAUGACUUGGAAGGAGAAAUAGAUCUGACAUCCUGUGUCAAUGUGUCAGACUGUGAGGUAGAGAUAAACUAUGGACUGCAAAUACAAACAAAAAGAGCGCUGUUCACUCUGUCUGCAAUAACAUCUCGGAUUCAGCAGAAUUGGGUGAAGCUAUUAAAGCAGGCAGUCAAGAACAACGCUCUCCAAUCAGACUCCUACGGCGAGAAAGAGAACCCUCUCUCCCAGAACCCGUCGUCAAGCCAACCACCUGCUCGCUUCACCUGCAACGACUCUGGGGGUGAGCUUACCAUUUCCACCUACACCGCCGCAGCUGCGAGCCCCUUCCGUGAGGACGACCAAACAGCAGCCGGCGAUCUGGGCGCAGAUUUGUCUCCGACCAGUCAGAGAGACGAGGGGGAGGGCUGGGAUCGUGAGCAAGCCAAGCGACUGGAGGAGAGGAACAAGUGGUUUGAGGAGGGGGUCCCUCUCAGUGAGAUGAGCAGCAGGUGGGACUCUAUGGAGCUGAAGAGGGGAAGUGUACCUGUUCCAGUCACUGAAACCAUAGACUCUGAGCUGAACAGGAAGUGGGCAGAAUUUGAAACUUUGUCAUUCAGUGAAAUGAGCCCACAGUCCCUCAUUGGUGCCCAGGUUUAUCCGUCGGACACCCAACAGCAGUCUAUAGAUCUUUCCAGAACUCACCACCGAAACUCUGAAGAGGCUGAACAGUCUGAAGCAUCACUAACCAGGAAAUCAGAAGGGAAUCCUCAAUUUGAAAAUGGUGUCCAAAUCCCCACAGCAGAAACUCUGCAGAAGGAGGCCAUCUCCCUCCGACAGCAAGUGGACAGCAUCAAGAGGGAGCGUGCAGCUAUGAGGCUAGAGGUGGACAGCCCCUGUGGUCCCACAGCCCCCUGUAGAGCUUUGCUGGAAGAAAUGGUGGCCUCACAUCGGAAAGCUCUGCAGGAGCUGCAGGAGAAGCAUGCCAGGGAGGUGAAGCAGCUGGAGGAGGAGCGAGAUCGCCUGUUGCUGGUAGAGAGGCAGGCAGCCACAACAGCUAUGGAGGCACUAAAAGCAGCUCACAGGGAGGAGCUGGAGAGGGCCAGAAGGCUCUGUGGAGAAACGGCUCACAUGGAUUCUUCACAUGGAGACCAAAUGCCUCGGGCAGAUGCCUUGCACGGGGAAUUAAAUGCACUGUCAGAGCAGUACUCACAGAAAUGCCUGGAACUAAGCUGCACAGAGCAGAACAGUAAGAGACGAGAGGCUGAGCUGGAUUUUAAGAAGAGAGAGCUGCAGCAGCUGCAAAGAGAGAACCAGGAGCUUAAGACCAAGCUGGCAGAAGAAAUCAGUCGAAUGCGUUAUUUCAUCACAGGCCAGAGAUCGGAAGUGGUAUCCCUUGGCAACACUGAGCACACCGUGUCAGAUUUAGAGACGCUGCUAAAAGCAAAGGAAAAUGAGGUGCAGUCUCUGAGAAAGGAAAUGGCCUGCCUUCAAAAUCAAGUACAAACUCUUACCAAGGAAAAGGAAGCAGCUUACGAGCGUUACAAGGAAGCAUAUGUAGAGCUGACUGCCACGAGGGGCCGCAGCCAUCUGGAGAUGAACGCCCUCAAUGAACACCGGAGACUGGCCAAUGCUGCUCUUCAGGAGGAGGAAAGACAAACCUAACCAACACGGAUCACAUUUCAAACUAGAGAUCAUCAGCCAACAUGCAGCAUUUGUCACCUAUGAUCACAUAUUUAUGAAUGUAAAAUACAUUAUUGAUUUAAAUGAAAUAAAAAACAAAAGUUUUCCACA